AUGAACGUCCUCGUCUACUCGGGACCUGAGGUCAUCCAGAGCUCCCUUUCCCAUUCCAUCACUUCUCUCCGCUCCCUACUCGUUCCAAACUACGCCGUACAGUCCAUAACGCCACAAACUCUCGCGACGCAGCCAUGGUCCCCCAAUUGCGCUUUGCUAGUAUUUCCUGCAUGUCGUAAUCCGGCUUCGGUACUGCCUUUCAGUGCCGCAGUCAAAUCAUACGUUGAGAAUGGGGGAAACAUCCUGACAUUUAGGGCAAGAGUACGCCUUCAGACGGGCCAGAUCACCUCAUCGGGAUCCCUAGAUGACCGACUAGCUCGUUUGAACCUAAACAGCAACCAGUCUAUACGCCUUUUCGACAAAGGUUCGGGCAUUCAUUUGGACGUCAGCCUGGGGACCGGACCUCUCGAUAGUAUUCGGCCUAUCACCAUCGAGGGCUUCGACAACGGUUCGGUCGAGAGCAUGUUGCGAUGUGGUGCGUCUGAGCUGAUAGUCGAUAGGAGAGCAAGCAUCGUUCAGAACGUCGCAUAUUAUUCUGAUGGCCAGGACGAGGGAGACUGUGCUGCAGCGUAUUGCAGCAUAGGACGAGGGCAUGGGGUCUUCUGGGAUGCCCUCACCGACCAUUCACUCACAGAGGAACCUGCCACUACUAUACUUGUCGGCGCAACAGGUCCCAUGUCUCAAGACGCCCUCAUCGAAGCGGAAAGUCGUAGACAGAAGCUCCUGAUAACAACACUCCAAUUCCUGAGUGUUACGCUUCCGGAGCAGAAAUCUGCCUCCGCUCAUUUACUCCCCCAGCUUCUCACUUGUGCGCCCUCUAAACCGUGGGUCGUUGGUCAAAUACUGCAGAAGUUGUCGAUCGACCUGACUGCUUCGGAUCCCUUUACAUGUAAGGAUCAGAACGAUACGUUUCGGUUCCGUUCCACCUCCGACGGCUGGAGCUUCCUGAACCAGGCUCGAAAAACGUCCCAUGAGCCAAUCACAUCUUUUUCAGCUCCCAAAGACGUUCUUGUGUGCGAGGAUCUUCCCAGAACUCAACAAACACCGCUCUUUGACAUCCCCAAAUUCUAUGAACAUCUUUCCGCCGCUCGAAGCAAAGCACAUCUUUCAGAAGAAGUAGAUCGUUGGGGGAUGGGCGAAGCUCUGCUGUAUGGCGAAGUAGUCACCAGCACUCAAACGAUGCUAGACAAAAAUCCACGUCUCCUCUCUCUCCUACCUCAUCCACUUCUCUCGCUUGCCUCUCAUCAGCUCGCAGGAAGAGGCCGCGGCUCGAACAUCUGGCUCUCACCUGCGGGGUGCCUCCAAUUCUCUCUUCUUCUUCAUGUAUCCCUCUCCGAGCUCCCAGCAGCCCGCCUAGUCUUCGUUCAGUAUCUCUUCGGGCUGGCUGUCGUGGAGGCGUGUCGAGAUGAUGCUGUGUUAUCGGACCACGGCAAGUGUGUCCGACUUAAGUGGCCAAACGAUAUAUAUGCAGUCCGGCAGGAUGGUCAACAGAGAAAGAUGGGUGGCAUUCUUGUAAACGCCAGUUUCUCUAGCGGCCAGAUGGAUAUUGUGAUCGGCUGCGGGUUGAACGUCUACAAUCCCCCUCCUAUCCAGUCUCUCUUGCAGCUUAUUCCUACAGUGUCGGAUCUGCGUUUAAGCAUGGAACGCACUGCGGCCGUCAUUGUGACCAAAUUUGAUACCAUGUGGAGCACCUUUCUUGCCCACAAGGGCUCCUUUGACCCGUUCUUGGAUCUCUAUUAUGAGCGAUGGCUGCAUUCUGAUCAACUAGUAAAAUUGAUGACAACAACGCCACCACAAGACGUCCGCAUUGUGGGUAUAACAGGAGAUCAUGGGCUAUUACGCACUAUGCCUGAGAGAGAUGGUUGGUCUGGGGGUAGCGCAUCUUUUAUUGACUUGCAGCCCGAUGGGAACAGUUUUGAUCUCAUGGCGGGCCUCAUCAAGGCGAAGAGGUGA